CGGGCCGCGUAGGCAUGCGCAUGCGCAGCUGGUGCCUCCCGCUCCGGCCCAGCGUAGGCGAUCCAAGAUGGCGGCGGUGGUGGAGAAUGUAGUGAAACUACUGGGAGAGCAGUACUACAGAGAUGCCCUGGAGCAGUGCCAUAACUAUAACGCCCGUCUAUGUGCAGAGAGGAGUGUGAGGAUGCCCUUCCUCGAUUCACAGACCGGCGUCGCCCAGAGCAACUGCUACAUCUGGAUGGAGAAGAGACACAGAGGACCAGGUGUGGCCCCGGGGCAGUUGUACACCUACCCCGCCCGUCGCUGGAGGAAGAAGAGGCGAGCUAAUCCUCCAGAAGACCCUCAGCUGGCUUUCCCCUCCCUAAAGACAGAGUUAGACCUGGGUCUGAAGAAGGACAUGCUUGGCUCCAGCGAUGGCAGCAGCAGUCUGGAGGCUCUUCUCCGAGGAGAACCGCUGGAGAAACGUUCGACACUGGAGCUCAGACCCAACGACGAGGAGUUGGUGCACAACGAGUACACGAGCGGAGGACUCAACCCUGCAAGCAGAGUGAGAAAGAGAAUUGUGGAGCCUGAUGACUUCAUGGACGACCUGGAUGAUGAGGAUUAUGAGGAGGACACACCGAAGAGACGUGGCAAAGGCAAGGGAAAGGGGCGGGGCGUGAGCAGCGCUCGCAAGAAGCUGGACGCCGCAGCUGCCCUCGAGGACCGGGACAAACCUUACGCCUGCGACAACACUUUCAAACAAAAGCAUAUUUCAAAAACUUCUGAACGAGUUUGCGGGAAGCGCUACAAGAACAGGCCCGGACUGAGCUACCAUUACACCCACUCUCAUUUAGCCGAGGAGGAAGGGGAGGACAAAGAGGAGGCGGAGCUUCACGAGCAGACCCCGCCCCCACCCGAGGAGCCUAAGGCAGCCCCCAAGAAAGGUCCUGACGGUUUGGCUAUUCCCAACAACUACUGCGAUUUCUGUCUGGGCGACUCCAACCUGAACCAGAAAACCGGCCAAUCGGAGGAGCUGGUGUCCUGCUCCGACUGUGGACGCUCCGGUCAUCCCUCGUGUCUGCAGUUCACCCCGGUGAUGAUGGCGGCGGUGAAGACGUACCGCUGGCAGUGCAUAGAGUGCAAGUGCUGCAACAUGUGCGGCACGUCGGAGAACGAUGACCAGCUGCUCUUUUGCGACGACUGUGACCGAGGAUAUCACAUGUAUUGCCUCACCCCGCCCAUGUCGGAGCCCCCUGAAGGAAGCUGGAGCUGCCAUUUGUGCUUGGACCUGCUGAAAGAAAAGGCUUCCAUAUACCAGAACCAGAACGCUCCACCGUCAUGAUGGACCUCGACGAAGAACCAAUCGGCCCUGGGUUCCCGGUUCCCAGCUUCCACUCAGUGAGUCAGGAAGAAAGAAUAGAGAGAGAGAGAGAGGGGCUGGGAACCAGAAAAAGGGAAAUAUAUUUACCCAACGAAAGGGAUGAACGGAUAAACGAGAAAGAGGAGGGGAAAAAAAGUAAAAUGAAAAAACGAAUCCCUCCUCUUAGCAGGUUUAUUUACAAUAUGACUGUUACACAGUUCCAAGUUUUAAAAAGUCCCCACUGCUUUUUGUUUUCAACUAUCCGUAAAAAAAAAAAAAAAAUCAAUCAGUAGAUCAGUACCAAUAACUGACUAAUCCAUACGCCAAAACGUCUAACGAUCCGCUCUGAGGAUUAAUACCUGCUAGCUAACGUCCAUCCAGACUACUCGAUUCUAAUAGUUGAAACCAAUCAGCACGCUCGUCCGCAAAACAAGUAGUCUGUUUUUUUUUUGUUUUUUUCCAUUUGUAUAUUUAUAUAUUUGUAAAGCAUAUAAAGGUGUGUUGUAUUUAAAAAAGAAAAAAAAAAAAAGUUUCUUAUUUCCGAGGUGAUAUUAAAGCCGGUUGGUUUGUCGUCGCACACGUGCCAUCGACGCGUCUGCUUUGCCGUGGUUUUUUUUUUUUUUUUUUCCUCUGUUAGUUUGUAAACUAAAAAUGAAUACAUACAGAAAUCUAACUUCCUCAAGGAUCUAAAAUAAAUUUACAACGUAGCGUAUUAGCGUGCGUAAAACGGCUCAGGUGGUCGGAUUAUCGUAACACGACGAACGGAACCGGAAACGAGCGAAUUCCUGCAAGAUGCGGUGAAUAACGGCUUCGCAACUCAGGUCGUUUUGUUUUGUUUUUAAUAAUUUUUUUUUUUUUUUUUUAGCUAUUUUGUUGGAACUAGCUAAUCCAGUACUGACGCACUGUUUAGCAUGAAAUGCAACUGCAAUACGGUUUGAUUUCUAAAAAGAAGAAAUAAAAAAAAUGGACAAACGUUCGA